CUGCUAUGCUUGUACAUAUAUUGCACAACCAUGCAAUACAUUUCGACUACUAAAUUGAUUGCGUGAUUGUGUGAUACAUGUACCAUGUGGCAGGGGCAUUCAUGUUUUAGGGCUUGAUUUUGCCUUCUGCCAUUGCCCCUUAGCACGCAUGUGCAUUAUUAUAGUCCUCCAAAAUUUUCCCAGCUUAUCUGGAAGGGCUGCAAUGAGCCCGUGUCUUUUCGUCCAUGGGAUAGCACUGUCUGAUAUUUCUUUCAGAAGAUUUUUGUGUCUGGCCCUUGCUGUGUGUGAUGGCAGCACUCGCUCCCUCUCAUAUUCUCUGAGCAAUGUGUCAAAGCAGGUUGUGAUAUUGUAAGAGACGAGAAGAGAUGCAGAUGUUAAUGCCCGAACCUCAGAUUUACGUAGAGAGAACUCUGGCCCUCAUCAAACCUGACGUCAUUGACAAAGAAGAAGAAAUAGAAGAAAUAAUUCUCAGAUCAGGAUUCACCAUUGUUCAGAAACGCAAGCUCCAACUCAGCCCAGAACAAUGUAGCAACUUUUACGCAGACCAAUAUGGAAAAAUGUUUUUUCCUAAUUUAACAGCAUAUAUGAGUUCUGGACCUUUAGUUGCUAUGGUUCUUGCCAGACAUUGUGCAAUCUCCUACUGGAAGGAACUAAUUGGGCCAUCAAACAGCAUAAAAGCUAAGGAAACACACCCUGACAGUUUAAGAGCAAUCUAUGGGACAGAUGAUCUGAGGAAUGCGGUUCAUGGCAGUCUCAGAUUCUCCUCAGCAGAAAGAGAAAUUCGGUUCAUGUUUCCUGAAGUGAUUUUGGAACCAAUUCAAGUUGGACAAGCAGCUAAGGAUUACCUGAACCUCUACGUAAAUCCAACAUUACUAGCUGGCCUCACUGCCCUUUGUAAGCAUAAACCAGUGGAUCCCUUGAUUUGGCUUGCUGAUUGGUUGAUUGAACAUAAUCCCAAUAAACCCAGACUACAGCAUGAUGUGACUGUGGAAGAACCGUAAGGAUGCACGUUCAACAGAAACGUUGUCAAACACCAUUAUUUUAUUAUGAUUUUAGUGUGUCCUUUGCAUCAUUAAUGUUACAUGGAACAAAUGCUGGUUUUAUAAUAUCACCAUGUACGUAUACUGUCUGGUAAUCUCUGGAUAGACUAAACUGGUAAUUGCUACUUGUA